AUGGCGGACCAGGGGCUCUCGCUCCUCGACGACACGCCCCAGGCGACUCCCCUCGACCUCUUAAUCAAUGCCAUCUCCGGUUCCGGCCAGUACAGCUUCACCGGGGACGACGGCGGUGGAGCGGGCGGCAACGGCAACGACGCGACUGGUGCUGCAACUGGUGACGCAAUGGCUGCCUAUCUCGAGGGUGAGGCCGCCAGCAACGCCCAUGCUGGACCAAGCAGUGGGGCUCGUGCUGUAGACCUUUCGAGGAAGCGCACUCUCGAUGGCGACGACGAUCCGCAUUCCCCACGCGAGAACAAGAUUGCUCGCACCCUCACCUCACACUUUGCCGCCUCGCGUCCGACCACUGGCAUUAGCGCGGCGCAGCGUACAUUCUCAACAAUCGAGGUCUGGCAUCCCAAGACGGGCCAGAAGAGCUAUGGAAAGGAGCGUCGUAUCCUGCAGCCACCACCAACCCUGCGUGUGACUGGUCCACUGGCACCUCUCCUCUCCACUGUGACACUGUCAUCGCACCCCAACCCCGACCCCCCACAGGGCCAUAUCACUUUCUCUACCCAGACGCACCGUCUCGGCGAACAGCAAGAACCCGUCCCGGAGCUCUACGUUCGUGCAACCAAGAAGGCUGAGCGAGAAGAGCGCCGUCGCCGUUUGCGAGAGGCAGCAGCCAAGACUGGCUGGGGAAGCACACUCCCGUGGGAACGCAACCGCAACAACGUCCGCGACCGAAACGAACUGACCGACGGUAUCGCCUUCCCUGGCCUGUGGGUCGGUGAGGAAACGGGCAAGAGCAAAGAGUUUCGCCUCGAGCUCUCUAUCGGUCCCCCGGGGCUUGACAAUGAGGUCGACCACACGGCCAACGGCCUGGAUACUGGAGAGACUGUUGUUCCCCAGGCCGAGACGCCCCUUACCUCCGCCACCCAGCCGAUUGAUGAGGCCGCCCUCCGCCGCGUGCUCGGUGCGACUGGUAUGGACCCUUUGAUGUCCUUGGGAGAAGGAGACGUGCCAGAACCAGGUGUCCACGACGACGGCAAGGGUCUUGUCCACCACCUGGCUGCUGCCAUUGAUCCGGUACUGGAGGCCGAGUCAUCCACCGCUAUCCCUCCCACCCCUCCCAUGGACGAAGCUGCUGCUGUCGCUGUCGCCUCCACUCCUCCGUUUGUCCCUAAACCUUGGGCCACGUUCGUCUCGGACCCUCUCACCAUUGUGUCCAAGCCCUCGCAGAAGACGGCCAAAGCACGGUCUAUGGCUAGCUGUCUGUCAACCACCGACGCCUUUGCGCUGUACGUGCGUGUCAACGCCCAGACGGUGAGGACAAAGUUUAUGAAGCUCGACGAUGGCGACACGGACACACCGGCCCUCGCUGCCCGCCCUGGCAAAUGGUCACCAUUCCGCUUUGACGUCUUGUACCGUGCUCAACCCCCCGAGCCCGAGGACAAGGGCCAGCGCACGCGCUUCAAGCUCGAUCUGGAUCGCGAGAACGGCGUCAUCACGUAUGGCUCCAUUGUGCAGCUCGUCGAGGUCCAGUCUGGCGUUCGCUCAGACCCGCUGCGCCUGGUGCGCGUGGACAAGAACGAGGUUGUGGUGGACGCCGACAGGGGCCACCCUGUGUCGGAGCUGCAACGCGUUGGCCUUGUGCGCGUUGUGGACGGCGUCGAUGACAUGGAAGGCGGGUCGAGGUGGUACCUGUCUGCCCCGGGCGCGGUGGCUGGUGCCGGCGAAGUGAACACGACACGCGCGCGGCCAGGCAAGCAGGUCAAGACGGACGCUGAGGGCAGUGCGGCCGCCGUCCCCGAGACGCUGGGUGGGCUGGACAGCAUUGACCCGGCCCUCGAUGAGGCGACCGACCCAAAGCCAGAUCUGAUCCCGGAAGCUGAAUCCUCUACUCGUCCCCGCAAGAAGAAGACCAAACGUCAUGCCCUCGCCCGGGCCGCUAUCACUGAGGAGGAGCAAGGCAGUACAGCGGCUGGACUAGGCUGGCACCGCUCGCGGAGGCGCGAGGUCGAACAGACCGUCACCGAGGGCGGGGUCACCUCGACGCGUACAGCGACCGUCGAGACUGUCGACGACUGGAUGUGCUGGGUGCUCACUGGUGUCUGGUGCUUUUCGUACUCGUUCUUCAACGGGCUAGGCGACACCGAUCCACUGCCCAAGGCUCCCAUCGACCCCGUACCGCGUCUGCUUGUCGACCCCGUUUUCCACAUGGACACCAACUCGCUCGACCUGACGCUUUCAUACUUUUUCAUGCCCGACGCCGAGGGCCACACUCUGCCGCAACCGCUUAGCGUCUACCUGGGUCCCAUCGGUCCACUGCGUGCCACUACUUGGCGCUCGCAAGCGCCCAAAGAAAAGUACUAUGACCCCGGGGCGCUGUAUCCGGCUCUCCCUUACACCGAAGGACUGGGCGACAACAACCUUCCCAUCCCUGAUGGCCGUCGCGUGUUCAGCAACUAUCCCAAUUCGGUUCCGCACACGAUAGCCAUGGUGGAGCUGCCACCACUGGACGAGAUCCUGCGCGUCAUGAACGAGUACAGCAGCGCACAGGCCGCCGCCGUCAUUGACGCCGAGGACCCGCCGCCCCCUACGGCGCCCGAGCCGGCGGAACCCGGAGCCGAGGAUAACGCGUGGUUUGGCGUGAUGGGCUCGACUGGUGAGCUCACCAUUCAAGAGGCGCUCCGCAACGCCGGCAAGCAGCACAGCUCGGAAGCGCACCACCACCACGACGUUGCGGCUGCGCUCGCUGGUCCCGUCGAGGCCGACUCGACACUUGGCAAGGUCGGCGAUGAGUUUGGGAUCGAGCAGCUCGGCGACAACCUUAUCGAUCCGGCACUGGACGGCCCUGGCGGUGACGCUGCUGCUGCUGCUGUUACUGCUACGGACGUCGCAGACGGGGCCGACGUCACGGCAGCUGCGGCUGCUGCUGCUGCUGCUGCUGUGCUGUCUGACGCGCAAGCGAGCGGAGGGGGAGGAGGCGGCGCCAACUCGAUUGCCGUGCACCGGCCCGACCGCGCAGGCAAGGACAGCCUGGCCGCGCUGCCACUGCUGGUCGUGCGACCAGAUGGCGUGGGCCACAGUAUUGGCUGGAGCGUCGUUGCUGCCCGCGCGUCGGCAGCGGGCGCGGGGGCUUCGGGGGCUGGCAAUGGCAACGGCAACGGCACGGCCGGAGCUUCAGGUGCUCCGUGGGGGCUUCGGGUUGUUCAGACGUCUGCGCGGGGACAAAGUCUCGCGUGGUAG